AUGUCGCCAACACCGUAUCCUCUUUCGCCCAGAGAAGAUCUGCUGCGAAAAUAUCAGCACGUGUCAUUGCACGACGUCCCUGUUCCUGCGGCUGUGAUCGACAUUGCAAAGGUAAAGGCAAACUGCUCUGCCAUGCUCAAUGCUGUCAAAGAGCUGCAGGUCAGCUUCAGAGCCCAUGUCAAGACUCACAAGACAGCGGAAAUCACCAGGUUACAGGUUGGCCAAGACUGCCAAGAUGUGAGGCUCAUUGUGUCAACCAUCGUCGAAGCAGAGCAAUUGGUGCCCUUGAUGCUGGACUACCAAGGCCGGAAUGCAAAGGUCAACGUCUUGUAUGGUGUUCCCCUGGGGCCCUCACAUGUCCAGCGACUUGCUGCUGUGGCUGCUCAACUUGGUAAAGGGUCGAUCGCUGUGAUGAUCGACCAUCCAGCGCAGCUGAAAUGCUUGGUAGAAUUCAAGAAACACGCGGGCUUCCCUGUAUUGGUCUUUGUCAAGACAGAUGCAGGCUACCACAGGGCAGGCCUGGCUCCCGACUCGAAUGAGAUGGUGGACCUGGUGCGGAGGGUCAGCACUGCUGAAGAGCAAGGUGAUUUGAUUCUGCUCGGAUUCUAUUCGCAUAACAGCCUGAGUUAUGGCGGCAGCUCCCCCGAUGAUGCCAUGGACAUGCUCAAGGUCGAGAUUGACGUCUGCAGGCAAGCUUCUCAGCACUUGCGCCAGAGUCGACAGACGCCGCUUCUGGUCUCGGUGGGAGCGUCGCCAACUGCUCUUUCUCUGGAGAACAUCCUACCCUCGGCAUCGGCCUCCACUGCUUCUGCCAAUGCUCUCAAAGAGACCCUGCAAUUGACCAAGUCCAAUCUCGAGCUGGAAAUUCAUGCCGGCGUGUAUCCAAUCUUUGAUCUUCAACAAGUGGCCGCGUCCAGCCGUCACUUCACCACCGAUCCGCACGAUAUCAUUAGCGUGUCUGUCCUCGCCGAAGUCUGUUCUCUAUAUCCUAAUCGAACUGAGCACCCGGAAGCCCUGACAUCGGCAGGCUGUCUCGCACUCGCCAGGGAGCCUUGCAAAGACUACGAUGGCUGGGGUGUAGUCAGUCCUUGGAAUAUGCCGAAACACUACAGCAUCAAGAGAGACGAGCGCGUAGUUGUCAGCCGCAUAAGUCAGGAGCAUGGCAUCUUGGCUUUUGAGCAAGGAAGCAUUCAACGGCAUCUCCCCCUCGAAUACGGACAAAAGAUCCGUAUCUGGCCCAACCAUGCCUGCAUCACUCUCGCAAUGUUUGGGUGGUAUUUUGUCGUCGAUUCGGACACGGAUUCUCCCGACAAAGUUGUUGAUGUCUACGCAAGAUGGCGCGGUUGGUGA